AUGUCUCAUCCGGUCGCAAUAAUCACCGGCGCCGCAUCCGGCAUCGGCCUGGCGCUCGCGAAGAGUCUGAUCGCCAAAGGAUGGCGAGUGGUGAUGGCUGACCUCGACAGCACAAGAGGAAGGGAAAUCGCCGACGAACUAGGAGAUCAAGCGCUGUUCCAUCCAACCGACGUGACCUCAUACGAGCAGCAAGGAAAGCUUUUCAAAACCGCCUUCGACUGGGGCCAGAACCGCCUGGACUUCUUCGCAGCAAAUGCUGGCAUCGCCGACACCCAGUUCCUGUACGACAGCAAGGAGGAACUCGACGAGGAUGGCAUGCUCAAAGCACUCAGUCUCCGGGCGAUAGAUGUGGAUCUCGCUGCUGUGAUACAGGGGAUCUGGCUGUUCAAGCACUACGCCCGCCGAAACACAGCUCCCGGUGGGAAGAUUGUGCUAACCUCUUCAUCGGCGGGACUAUAUCCCAUGGAAACGAAUCCUCUGUACACGGCCGCUAAACAUGCGAUUGUCGGCAUAGCUCGCGCACUGGGCCCCGUGUUUGCGAAGGAGAACAUCCAAGUAAACGCCAUCUGCCCGGCGUUCGUGCCGACGGCUCUGUGUCCGAAGGAUAUGCUGGACCGGUUUCCGAAGGAGCACAUCACGCCUAUGUCAACGGUUAUCAAUGCAUAUGAGACCUUCAUUGGAGACAGCAACCUCCAUGGACAAACGGUGGAGUUGAGUCUGGACCAGCUGUAUUUCCGUACCCAGCCUGAGUACCCGAACGAGAGCCAGCGAUGGCUAGGCGAGGAGUCCGCUAGUUUCUGGGAGGAGGCAUACAAGGACGCUGUGGUGUAA